AUGGAGGAUCUAAUAGCGUACGCGUCGGGAACUGCUCACCGUGCCGACACUGGCGCUCCUGUUGCUGCCCCGGUCGCCCCCAGGGAACCGGAAGAAGAAGUAGGCUGUAGCAGCCAAAGCGCCGCGAGUGACAGCGAGAAGCUUGACGACAGCGAGGACGAGGACUUCACCCCCGACUCACAGGCAUCUAGUUACGACGAAGAGCCCCUUACAGCUGAGAGCGCAGAUAGUGGAGAGGAGGACACUGCUGCUGAGGGUGACGAGGACAUUGGUAUCUAUUUGAUGGACCAGGAUCUUCGUGGCCAAGUUACCUCCAUUCUUCAAGCUGAUGCGUGUGGGAAUCGCUGCGUGGAGAGCAAGACUAAGCAGCCGGAGUUGCUGCUCUGCUCGCUGUCCACAAUGACGAACACAGAGAAGUCCAUCAGCCUCUACACUCUUUUGGGGGCACUGAUGCAGGUGCCUGUCGAUCGUGCCCGUGGGUAUGGACUUCUGGAUAAGUUCGCAUACUAUCUUCCUUUCGUGGGCAAGGUGUGUCGGCCCACGUUUGCUCGCUGCUACGGUGUGGUGCCGCUCACUGUUCAACGAUACAAAAACCACGUCCGUGACGGAAAUAUCGGGGCAAAGAGUCAUGGGAACACUUUGAACCAGAACGCAGCGGCUGUCGAACUGGUCUGGUUAGUGAAGUGGUUUAAGGAGUUUGCAGAGGAGGUUGGGGAGGUUGUGCCGGUGAGAGUUCGAAUGCAGAAGACGAAGGAUGGCGUCACGAAGAAAUAUUACAGCAGCGACAGGUACACGCUACUGCCCGCGCACUUCACAUGGAAUGUUUUGUACGAGGAGAUGCACAGCUUCGUGGAGCAGAUUCGCCUGCGCGUCCGAGAGCCUGCACCUUCGACGAUGAGGAAGCUACUGACGCUCCAUUGUCCGACCAUUCGCAUUCGGUCGCCAAGAAGCAACGUGUGUGAUAUCUGUUCCAUCUACCAUACAAGCAUGCGCAACGACGUCAGUGCAGAGAAAACCGAGGCGCUUGGCAGACACACGGAGUCCGCUCGCAAAAUGCGCCGUGAAUGCAAGAAGGACAAGACUUCAGUGAGCGACGACCACGCCGUUAUCGUCAUGGACUUCUCGCAGAACCUUACUGUUCCUAGCAUUGCCAGUACGCCGUCGCAGUGGUAUUUUUGCUCACUGUUGUCCGUCAGUUGCUUCGGCAUUUUCUGCGAGAACGACGGUAUUCAAACCAACUACCUCUACGAUGGAACAGCGAGUGGAAAAGGCAGCGACCAGAUCAACUCCAUGCUAGAACAUUUUCUCCGGACCAAGGUUCUGUCUGAAGGCAAGAAUAGAUUGACUGUUUACGCUGACAAUUGCUCGGGUCAGAACAAGAACAACUACGUCAUCAAGUUCUUGUUGGCGCAAGUGGACAUGGGGCUGCUGAAGCACGUAGACUACAAGUUCUUUGUAAAGGGCCACACGAGGAACUCGUGCGAUCGAGGCUUCGGUCAUAUUCGCAAGCAUGUUGCGAAAGUAGAUUGCUAUACUGUGGCUCAGGUAGUGGACGCUGUUAAGGAAGCCGCGGCGAACUCUGUGACAGUUCACAUUCCACGUGGUAGUUCGCAGUUUAAGAGUUACAAGGGCGUGCUGACGGAGCUGUACAAACGCCUAGAAGGCAUUCAGCAAUAUCAGAUCUUCUCCAUGGACGAGGUGUCGAUUGGAGUAGUGUCGUGUAGGAAGGAACCUAACGAUGAGCCUGUCGAGAUGAAUCUCCGGCGUAAGUUUGACGGUAUCCUCACGACAAAGGAGAAGGUGGUGAAGAUGAUGAGCGACCACGUGGAGGUGCUGGCCCCACCACCGCCCAAUGUGGAGAAAAGCCAAACGAUGUACCAUAACAUCAGGCCAUACGUCCCUGAGGAGUUCCGAGACGAUCCACUGUACGCAAAACCGAGUGCGCAAGACCACCUGGAUGCCAAAGCAGCCAAGCAGGCACGCCGAGACCACCGUGCGGCCAUGGUAGUGGCAGCGAAAGCGAAUCAGGACCGUCGUGGGCGCGAAGACGUCGGGCCAAGCGCCGAGGAAGCGCCUGCAAAGAAGAGGAAGGCCCCAAAGAAGUAA